CCUGAACCUGCCCGGGGCGCGCCUUGCGAAAUUCAUCAUUAUCGAGGGUCAUUAUUGAUUAUUGAUUUACGACCUUCAACACAGACCUCCGUCCCGAGCUUGGCGACAAUACUCUUGUUCUUCUUCCUCCCUCCCAUUUGUCUUUCUUGUCGUCCCUGGCUCUCUCGCAUCCUGUCGCAUCCUGUCGCUGUUCGUUCCCUGUCCCGCAUCCCUUCUUCGCCUGGCCACGCCUCCCCCCCUACCUGGGUACCUGGGUAACAACACCAGCGCAAGGCGCAGCGAGCGCAUCGCAUUGCACAGAAAGAAGCCCGACGUGAACAGCGCUCCGGCUGCGGCUGGCUCCUUGGACCAAGACAACCUGUAACUCCCUUCUGAGUCGCCAACCCGCGCCUAUUACAACUUUCGAAACACCCCGCCAGAGUGUGUGAGCCCGACGCCUCAAGCUACCUUGCCUACUUGCACUAGAACCGCCCUAGAAACCAGCCCAGGCCGUCUGUCUGUGCUGCGACAUUUUGGAGGCAACGGCGCCACGCAACCCGUCUUCAGAACCACUCAAGGCAACCGCUGCGAGGGCCGGCGGACCGGAUUCUCGGGUUAGACGGAGACAGGACACGACAGGACAUUCCAUACCAAGGCAACACCGAAUACCUCACACCGAAACUGUGACCGACAUCACCGGCGCAUCUUCCCGAAGUGAGUGCGUGCAUGUGUGCGUGCGACCUGGAAAGCCAAGACAUAAAUACCUCUGGGCCCAACUCGGCAGCCGUCCGCCGUCUUCAUUUGCUCGAAUCCGACGUUGCAAUUUAAGGCCAGGCGCACGCCUACUUUUUUCGAUAGUCGGUCCUUUGGCGCCACGCGGAUCCCCUUCCAAGUCCCCUCCAGGUCCCCGCCCACAGCAGCCAACAAACCUGUGCGUGGUAAGUUGCCCAUUCCCUACACCCAACGCCUCUUGUUGUUUGGCUGGAUUGCGCAGGGCAGGGCAGGGCAGGACACAAUUAAUGCCGGCAGUAAGGCUACACACAUCGCGGUCAGGGGAAACUGCGCACCAGCGAUGCGACCCCUACUGGGCCAAGAUGAGGAUUGGCCAGUUGCUGCUACCCUCCUUGCCCCCCCAGGCACGCAUUUGCUCGCGCAUCAAGUCCGUGUCCCGUGCCGUACCGUUCCGUACGAGGCCUUGCAUGGGGACCCAAGAUGCGUGCCAGGGUCUCUCGGGUUUUGCCUGUCAUGGCUGGACAGGACCACUGUGUGACCUAGUCUAGAGACUAGAGCUGAAAGGGCUGACAGGUGUUCUGAGACCAGGUACGCAGUCUGUGUGGUGUGUGGUGUGUGGUGACAGGUGUGGUGUGGUGUGGUGUGCCUGGUUCGCGCGACGAUAUCCAGCGACUCAUAUACCCAAGGGUUGGUAUAUCCAGAUUCCAGACAGCCCAAGUUGGCUGCGAUAUUAUUAAAGAAGAGUGCGCAUCCCCCGGGCACAAGGUUUCAAGGUUUGGUUGCGCCGCGAAACUCGGGUCUCUUUGCAUAUUCACCUGCACCUGCACCUGCACCCUGCACCUGCAGAAACAGAUGCAGACACAACCAGACACAGACAGGUAGGGAACAAAACAGGACAUGACAGGCUUGUGUCUGCGAGACUCACAGUAACCCCGAUGCUGCCAUCCGAUCUGUCGAGGCCCCCAACCAAGCCCCAAGACAGCCACUUGAAACCGACCUCGCCGCUCUUUUAGGUUCGACCGCACGCCAGAAGCAGCAGCAGCAGCGUCGGCGGCAGAGCAGAGCUGCAGCAGACGGCACAUGGUCUUUGGGAGGGCAGCGCAUCAUCUUACACGGGCCCCACCCACCUACCCACCCAUCCACCCACACCUUCGGAAUUGGGGGGGUCAAGGAGUUAAGCAGUCAAGCAGUCAAGCAGUCAAGGAGUGUGCACGAACUGCAUGUGUCCAACGCAGCGCCCUCUGCAUGUCAGAUUGUCUGGGCCUGCCUCAUCGAGCCUUAGCCCUGAGGACCGCAGGCACGUACGCAGACAGUACAGACUACUGCGUGCCGCAACGGGGAAGGAUUCUUUGACGCUUCAGCACGGUGCUUCCAAUUUCGCAGCUCGACCUCGCGUCGCCCGCCCUGCAACAAAACAUGGACCACGCUGCUGCCCCCGCAGCGCCUCCCUCAAUCUCUAGGCACGGCCGUCACUCACGCCGCCGGGCGCCUGAAGACACCAAUCACGCUAGCCACUCGGCUAUCCGACCACACGGACGGGACGAGUCUGUCGCGCCCGCCUCCCCAGAAGUCAUCUCCUCCCUAAUCACCAGUCUCUCCGUCAUCUCGAGGCCAGCCAACGCACACUUCGACCACCAGCCCCUCGACCUGCUCCACGCCUCCUCGCCCGCCAGCCCCAAACCCCCACCCGACCACCGCUCCGGGUCCUUUGGUGUCACCUACGGUGCGCACAACCAGCCCACACUCGCCGGCCUGCGAGAGGAAGAAGCCGGUUACGACGACCUUGCCGCCCUCCCCCCGACCAUCAAGACUGCGAAACCCCCGAGCGGCUUCUCGCCCCUGACCGCGCCAAAAUCGCCCGACCGCCGCGAGAGCGGUGGAUUGCGCAGCUUCCUCAGCGGGAGGUCCUCCUCGCGCCCCUCCUCGCGAGGCUCAUGCGCGUCCAAGGAUGCUGAUGUCGGCAGCAUUGGCAAUCUGUCCGUCGAGCGCGGAUUGUCCCCUGUCUCGUCCCCAGAAGUAAAACGGCAGCGGUCGUACGAUAGCUGGGGCAAGAAGUCUGCAGCUCGAUCACAGCGAGGCUUGAUGUACAUGAGCUCCAAGGAGCGGCUGAGAGACAACGAGGACAGGAAGAGAGUGUCCUCGGGAACCGGGGCAAGCAACAAUAAUAGUGGGCUAGACGCGAGCGCCAUGGCACGAACGACGAGCCCCCGGGUGGAACAAUUCCUCGCGGGGACUUCCAUCACGGAAGAGCCAGCAUGGAACACCGACGACCCACCUCCGAGGCCGAGCCUUGGUGCGGACGGGUCGGCCCGAUCGAUACCCCUCAGAGACUCAAGUUUAUCAAAGACGGGCUCCAAUGCGAAGCGGUCAUCAACAAGGAACAGCCGGUCAUCAAAACGCGACAGCGACCACGGGCCGAUUCCAGAGGAGGACUACUUCGGCCAGUCUGAUAAAGGAAAGGGGAAAAGUCCAGAGAUAUCGCGAGAUAGGAACAGCUUCCGGAUAGAUCGCGAGGCGGCCAGAGAAUCAAGGACCAGGAGGAGGGGCUCUGGGCCAGAGGGCUUUCUGGACCCCUCGCGGGCAGCAAAGGCCAAGGGUGGUCAUCAUAGCGAUCAUUAUUUCACAGACACCGAAGUCGAGCUGGAUGACGGGGCCCCGUCUCCUCACAUUGCCCAGGGGAAAAGACGAGAUCGGGAAGUUAGCAGCGAUCGGGCCAGCCGUCGGCGAUCGGGCCGGAGCACUCCGGAGCUCCGGGUGAAACGGAGCAGUUCGAGGCUGAAGAGGCUGUCCGGACCUUUGUCACCACGACCGGACGACAGGCCCAGAGACUCGACUGCCGAGUCAAGGGCUGUGUCCUACGAGCGGCCCCCUUCGGCGGAUAGCAUCGACGACUCGGUCGAGGCUUACUUGCGCUCGCCUCGCCUGAGCCAGAAGAUCCGCCAUCCGCAGACGGGGCGAGUCAUCAGCUUCAGCGAGGUUGGAGACUCCGAGGGGAGCGCAGUGUUCUGCUGCGUCGGCAUGGGCUUGACGAGGUACAUCACGGCGUUUUAUGAUGAGCUUGCUGUCACCCUCAAGCUGCGUUUGAUCACCCCUGACAGACCUGGCGUCGGGGACAGUGAGGCGUAUGCGGACGGAAACGCAACGCCUCUGGGCUGGCCUGACGACGUGUAUGCAAUCUGCCAGGCGCUGCGAAUUACCAAAUUCUCCAUUCUCGCACACUCUGCUGGUGCAAUAUAUGCCCUGGCGACAGCUCUUCGAAUGCCCCAACAUAUCCGUGGCCGAAUCCACCUUCUGGCGCCAUGGAUCCCUCCGUCGCAGAUGUCUGUAUUCGGCGCUUCCGCCCAAACACCAUUGCCGCCGACAAACGCCAUACCUACAUCUCAGAGGAUACUUCGGGCGCUGCCGACACCGAUCCUCAAGGCAGCUAAUUCCAGCUUCAUGACUGCCACAAGCAGUAGUAUAACCAGCAGCCUUCCCAGACAGAAGCGAGCCAAACGAAAGACAAAUGGCAAGGAUAAGGACACAUCGGCGUCGAGAGCGAGUGACCGGCCCAUGCUCGACAAGGAGAACCACAAUGGCGGGAAGCUGUCAGGUGACCACCCGACACUGACGCGGGAGAUGUUUGCAUCCGAGGAAAUGGAUCAGAUACGCCCCGAAGGCGCGAGCCCAACGGGAAACCUGUCGCCCAUCGGAGCUGCGAUGGCAAACGACACAUACGGUGGUAUCGGCGGGGGCGGCAGGGGCAAUGCCAAUCGCAACAGCAAACAGGACGCCGUGAUUGCCGCUGCUGAAUCAGCCAUGGCAGACAAGGAGAGGCAGGAGACAUACGACACGCGGCUCACCCAGGCCAUCUGGGAGCUGGCGACUACAGGGGCCAACCCGGCCGUGGAUUUGCUGGUCUGCCUUGAGCGUCGACACACUAUAGGCUUUAGGUACGUCGACAUCACCAGACCGGUCGUCAUCCACCACGGCAGCCGUGACACGCGCGUGCCUGUAGAGAACGUCAAGUGGCUAGGGAAAACAAUGAAGAGGUGCGAGGUGCGAGUCCUCGAGGGCGAGGGCCACGGGCUCAUGGCAUCUGCGGGAUGCAUGGGCGGGAUCCUCAUGGAGAUCAGCAAGGAAUGGGAGGACUGGAUGAGGGUUACGGGGGCAACGGCACGCAAGGAAGACAAGAAAAAAGCCUCGUUGAGGUAAUGGGCCAUGGAGACGCUCCCGGUUUGACACAGCCAAACCUGAUUGGAUUUUCAAUCCUCACGAUGCGAAGGCCAUGGCGAGCGGCGUUUCGAUUUUCUCAAUGGGUCUGAAUUGGCGGGGCUCCCUUUUGUUCGAAAAAAAUGAUACCGAUUUCAGCCUGCAGAGACAUCCGACUUUCUCUGCUUUUCUGCCUGUCAGGCGCAUACUAUAUGUCAUGUUCACGAGCGUUUUUUUUUUUUUUUUACAUAUCAAGCGUGUCGCGGCGCAUGGAGGGGUGGACAAAUACUUGGGUAUAGUAUUCUAAUAAUGACGAGCCAGCGGUGGGAGUGUUUGCGCCACUCACGUUUCAAUCUUCCGAGGUGGUGUCGGCAUCAAUUACUGGCUUCUCCUCAUCUUCACCAGGACAGAGUCUCCGGGAGGGACAACAGUGCCAUGUCACGAACAAUGGAAUGCUGAUUUAUUGAUGUCUAUACGCUGUCGUUAGUCACGACCAUCUAGCAAGUGAAACAAACUCCUGCAGACCGCUGGAUACAGCCUCCCGACAAUAUAUC